GUUUAUUUGACGCUUCCGUUUCCCAUGCGCAAUCUCUUUUUGACAAGUCUUCUUGCUUGAUAGACGCGCAAACGAAAAUGCAGUUGUGUUUCCGUGGACAAUCCACCCAUGUGCUUGAAUGCCAGGGCAAUGAAACCAUUGGUGAAAUCAAAGCCAGAAUCGCUGGUUUGGAAGGUUUCCAGGCCUCAGAAAUCAGCUUGUAUGCUGCUGGUACCCCAGUCUCUGAUGACAGCUUUGUGAGCGCUUUUGAGCAAACAGACAUUGAAUUGACUGUUGGAUUGCCUGGUGGUAAAGUGCACGGAUCUUUGGCUCGUGCUGGUAAAGUAAAGGGUCAAACCCCCAAAGUAGAGAAACAAGAAAAGAAAAAGAAGAAGACUGGCCGUGCUAAAAGACGUAUCCAGUACAACAGGAGAUUUGUAAAUGUUGUAGCUCCAUUCGGGCGCAGGCGCGGACCUAACUCAAACUCUGCUCCAGCUUCUUAAGUUUUGUAUAAUAUGCAACUAUGACAUCAGUUGCUUUUAUUUAAUAUAAGUUACAUGUAUUAAA